CUUCCUCCUUUAUCUCUCUUCUCGGCUGCAGUCGCCAAACCCGUUCUAGGGUUUUCUUCUCCUAGAGUUAUCAAACUGUAGAGAAACAGAAAGCAGUAGCCAUGAGCAAGCUUCAGAGUGAGGCAUUGAGAGAGGCCAUCACCCAGAUUGUUGGAGAUGCAAAGGAGAAAAAGCGUAACUUCGUUGAGACCAUUGAACUCCAAAUUGGACUGAAGAACUAUGAUCCCCAAAAGGACAAGCGUUUUAGUGGGUCUGUGAAGCUGCCACACAUCCCUCGUCCUAAGAUGAAGAUCUGCAUGCUUGGUGAUGCUCAGCAUGUGGAAGAGGCAGAGAAAAUAGGAUUGGAGUACAUGGAUGUGGAAGGGCUGAAAAAGCUCAAUAAGAACAAGAAACUGGUCAAGAAGCUUGCCAAGAAGUACCAUGCUUUUCUUGCAUCUGAAGCUGUCAUCAAGCAGAUCCCUCGUCUUUUAGGCCCUGGUCUCAACAAGGCAGGGAAGUUUCCAACACUGGUGACUCAUCAGGAAUCCCUUGAGUCAAAAGUUAAUGAAACAAAAGCAAUGGUGAAGUUCCAACUUAAGAAGGUUCUCUGCAUGGGUGUUGCUGUGGGCAACUGCAGCAUGGAGGAGAAGCAGAUCUUCCAGAAUGUGCAACUUAGUGUCAACUUCCUUGUCUCAUUAUUGAAGAAAAAUUGGCAAAAUGUGAGGUGCCUGUACCUGAAGAGUACCAUGGGGAAAUCCAAUCGCAUCUUUUAGAAAUUUGCUUAUUAUGAGAGUUUUGUAGUGAGUGGUAGCAUUGCGCAAGACUGUUAAAACAUUAUCUGAAAAUGCCUAAGAUCUUAUAUUUGUUCUUUAUUGGAUCCUUCUGUUUUGAACCUGAGAUUUUAAUUUUUAAGCAUUGAUGUUAGUCCGAAGUAGAUUUUUUUUUACUUGUGUUCUAAUAUGAUUUUGUUUCACAA